AGAGCUGCGGGCGGCGGCGCCCGCGGGUCACUUGCAGGCGGAGCGGCGGGCAGCAGGACGAGGGGUGGCGGGGCGCACCAUGCCCACGUUCGACCAGGCGCUGAGGAAGGCGGGCGAGUUCGGGCGCUUCCAGCGGCGCGUGUUCCUGCUGCUGUGCCUGACCGGUGUCACCUUCGCUUUCCUCUUCGUUGGCGUGGUCUUCCUGGGCAGCCAGCCCGACUACUAUUGGUGUCGUGGGCCGCGUGCCACCGAGCUAGCCGAGCGCUGCUCCUGGAGCCCCGAGGAGGAGUGGAACCUCACCGCACCGGAGCUCCGCGCUCCGGCUGAACGCCGAGGCCAAGGCCACUGCCACCGCUACCUGCUGGAAGCCACCAAUACCAGUCCGGAGCUCAGCUGCGACCCACUCGCUGCCUUCCCCAACCGCUCUGCGCCCCUGGUGCCCUGCAGCGGGGACUGGCACUAUGUGGAGACCCACUCCACCAUCGUCAGCCAGUUUGACCUUGUCUGUGCCAAUGCCUGGAUGUUGGACCUCACCCAAGCCAUCCUGAACCUUGGCUUCCUGGCUGGGGCGUUCACCUUGGGCUAUGCAGCGGAUAGGUAUGGCAGGAUACUUAUUUACUUAAUAUCCUGUUUCGGUGUUGGCGUCACAGGGGUCGUGGUGGCAUUUGCGCCAAAUUUUUCUGUGUUUGUCAUCUUCCGCUUCCUGCAAGGCGUGUUUGGAAAGGGGGCGUGGAUGACCUGCUUCGUGAUUGUGACAGAGAUAGUAGGUUCAAAACAAAGGAGGAUUGUGGGAAUCGUGAUCCAGAUGUUCUUCACGCUUGGAAUAAUCCUCCUCCCUGGGAUUGCCUACUUUACGCCCAGCUGGCAGGGCAUCCAGCUCGCCAUCUCACUGCCCAGCUUCCUCUUCCUCCUUUAUUACUGGGUAGUUCCUGAAUCUCCCCGCUGGCUGAUCACCCGGAAGCAAGGGGAAAAAGCUUUGAAGAUCCUAAGACAUGUGGCUAAGUGCAACGGGAAAUACCUCUCACCAAAUUACUCGGAGAUCACUGUUACAGAUGAAGAAGUUAGCAACCCAUCCUUUCUAGACCUUGUGAGGACUCCGCAAAUGAGGAAGUGCACACUCAUUCUGAUGUUUGCUUGGUUCACAAGCGCCGUGGUGUACCAAGGACUCGUCAUGCGCCUGGGAAUCGUGGGAGGCAACCUCUACAUCGACUUCUUCAUCUCGGGGCUCGUGGAGCUGCCUGCAGCCCUCUUGAUCCUUCUGACCAUCGAGCGUCUUGGACGACGCCUUCCUUUUGCAGCAAGCAAUAUAGUGGCUGGGGUGGCCUGCCUGGUCACCGCGUUCUUACCAGAAGGGAUACCAUGGCUAAGGACCACAGUUGCUACCCUGGGAAGACUCGGGAUAACCAUGGCCUUUGAAAUAGUUUAUUUGGUAAAUUCAGAGUUGUACCCGACAACAUUACGGAACUUUGGGGUUUCACUCUGCUCAGGCUUGUGUGACUUUGGGGGGAUCAUAGCUCCGUUUCUACUCUUCCGACUAGCAGCUGUGUGGCUAGAACUACCUCUGAUCAUCUUUGGCAUCCUGGCGUCUAUCUGUGGAGGCCUCGUGAUGCUUUUGCCUGAAACCAAGGGCAUCGCCUUGCCGGAGACAGUGGACGACGUGGAAAAGCUUGGCAGCUCACAGUUGCAUCAGUGUGGCAGGAAGAAGAAAACCCAGGUCUCCAGUUCUAAUGUCUGAGGCCCCUACAUUGCCUGGAGGGCUGGAGCUGUGUGGGUACCACCCACAGCCAGGAGAAGCCGAGCCUGCUGGGAAUAUGCCUGUGUGGUGCGCUUCAACUCCUCCUGGUGACACCUUUCCAAGGAACCUUAAAGUCAGAGUAUUUUGUAUGGUAUAGGACGGAGAAGGUUUGUCAUGCUACCCAAGCUUGUGGGAACACAUAAUCUUUGACCUGUCUUGCAAAGCGCCUAUAAGUACACAGAUUCUGCGUAGGCUUUCUUUUGUCGGGAGCAUUGUCUCUGACACAUUGGGUUAAGGGGAGAUGGUUCUCAGGAUAGCCCCAUCCACGAGGCAGGAUGAACAAACCGAGGAUCGGCACGUGCACAGAAAUGUGCUCAGCGAUCCCAUCAAGACAGCAGUGAGCUGUGUUUCGAAGAGUCUGAGGACUGCUAUUUCUGCUUCCCCUGUGCUCCAAACACACGCCUUCACCGAGGCGACACAUCAGGUGUUGUGUCCCCAUGUCCGUGUGCCCCCCACCCCUUCUCUCUUCUACAGCCUCUGAGGUUCCAGGCCCCAGACUAAACACAGUUCCCUAAGUAAGGACAAAUCACGCAUCUACAACACCUUGUGAGAACCUGGCUGUAUUCGUAUACAGUCAUACUGGGGUCCUGAGACCCCGAUAUUUUGUCCUUCAGUGGACCCUUGUGAUCACAGACUCUUUACUGAGAAAGAAAAAACAUGGAUUAUGACUUCUUGGGUCUUAGAAUUUGAAAAGGAAAAGAGUAAUCGUGUCCCUUUGGUGAGUCCAGUUCCGGUGGUGCCUGCGGCUGGGGGUGAAAGCACACACAGCCUGCCUUCGGGCCGUCUCAGUACUUUUGACUUGUCUUGGGGUGGGGAUUUAUUUUUCAUUUAAAGGGAAAAUCAACUAUAUCCACACUUAAGAGAAUUAGCAGCCGCUUCCUAAGUGACUUCGUAAAUGAGGGAUUGGACUUUUUGUUUUAAAUCAAGACUUUUCUGAUGUGAGGACUCAAAGGCAAACACCGUGUUCCACGAUCUGUGCUGUUCUUGAUUUAUUUUCAGACUCAGUAUGUAUCUUAGGCUGAUUUUUAUUUUCACUUCAAACUUGAUGUGGGCAGGCAAAAUUAGCACUAAGAGAAAGCCUCACCCAUGUGGAAGAAAAAACUAUGUGUGUGGAGAAUAUAUGUGUUUCUGACACUAUGAAGAUGUGUGUAAUGACAGUAAAACAAGUGUGGUAAUCCUUAAAGCACACAAGAACCGAGUGUGAGUGUUGGGUCUUGCACCAGCCUUUUGGGUAUCCGGUGCCACAUCCACUGUGCGAGCACAGGCAUUCGUGCCGUGCUUUUCCUGCGUUUCAUUGCUGUAGCACGGCUCACGCCCACUUUGCUAUUGCCUUUGGGUUGCAUUUGGAGUUGAUCGCUGUGUUUCAUUACAAUAAACAAGUUUUAAACGGUUUUUAAAAAAUGUCCAUCCCUUCCUGCUCCGUCUGGACAUGUGUCCACGGUCAAACACUCUCCCACCUAACAGUGUGCUGUUUACUGUCUCCAGACCGGGAAAAACGCUGCUCCACUGUUAACUUGUUGUUCCUUUAUGGGCUCCUGGCACUGUGCGUGAACUCGGAUGUGACCCACAAUAACGUUCAGAUUCUCAGCUGGCCUUGUAUUAGAUUUCCCUCGCCUAGUCUAUGCCGCGACUCAGCUUCGCAUCCCGGGAUCUGGGCUAGAGCCCAGUUGUCAGGACCAGAUUUCGAUCCCCAGAAUAGAACUCGUUCUCCUGACUCUUCAUCUGUGUGGCAGCUUUGAAAACAAGGUUCUUGGUGCCAGAAAGGGAGACAUUGAAGAUGUGUGUCAGGUUGUUGUUAGCUGACGAGGCCAAUGGACAAGUGACUUACUGAGACCUUCAGCUCUUCUCUUGGCGGCCCUACUGUCUGCUUAGUCCUACGGGCAGCUGGCCCUUAGGAAAACACCUAAGUCCCUUCGGUCAGUUGUUUUUAAAUUGUUAGGGUGAACAAAGAGUAUACAAAUAUUGAAGACUUCCCUUAUCCCCAAAGCCAACUCAAAGCCAAGGAACUACAGAGUUUAUUUUCAACAAAUACCACAGCAGCGUUGGUCCUGUUACCACAAAAUCCAGAAGUCCGUGGACAAGAACAAAGUUACCCACGAUAAUACAAAAAAAGGGGCCGAGGGGGUGACGGGAGGUGGUGGUUCCAUGUAGCAUCUUGGUCUGAUUACUGCCAAUUAUUUCCAAGAAACCCAAGUCCCCUCCCCACCUUCCAGCGGCUAGGAAGUUUUAGUAAGUAGAUGUUUUGCUUUGCCUCCCGCCCAAUUAAUUAUUUUUCAUCACUUCUUCUAUCCAGUUAACGAACCAUGAAACGCGAACAUA